AUGUCCCUCCCCCCUAUUCCUCAGCUUGAUCCUGCUACCUUUCGCUGGCACCCGUCGCCUGAUGACCCCCGAGCCGUACGGCGCCUUGGGCUCGGCACCGAAGCUUGGGUCGGCCUGCGCGGCCCCAACUCUCGCGGGCAAUAUGAUAACUACCUCAAUACUACUCUCCGUAUCGAAGCUGACGGCCUUUCCUUGGCUGGCCUUGCGCGGCAUCUCGCGGAUGCGCUGGUUCAUCUCCGGUUUUACCACCCCGAGGUCGCUUGCACCACCGCCUGGGCCUCCGAGUACGGACCCCCGCACAUCAUCUACAACCCUCCGACGUGCGACGCCGAAGCCUUGCGAUGGGCGCGGGCCGCCGUUACCGCAAGAUCCACGUCCCAGACCGGGCUGCAGGUUGCGGCCCAGAUCGGCAAGCAGCGCCAGAUCGAUCCAGCCAAGUCCCUCCCGCCCGUGACGCUCGUCGUCGUGGCUGACGUGCAAAACGAGGAGGCGUUGCUGGCAGCCGGUGCACGCGUGGACGUUCUCGGCGUCUUCAAUCACAUCCACUGGGAUAGCAUCAGCGCGCGAGUCUUCGUAGGGGACCUGCUGCGCCGCCUUGGACAGCAGCUAGGUGUCAGUAAGGCAGAGACGGCGUCGUCGCAGUACGCGUGGGGUAGCGAGAUCGCGAACCUGAACGUGCCCGUUCUCGAUGCGUGCAAGGUUGAUGUCGGCGCUCUAGGCGAGGACUACAAGAAGACGCGGGAUGAGUUCAUCGCCGCCCUCCUCAAAAGCGGAUCCAGCUGGGGCUUACCUGUUGCUGCUGAUACCGGCGCACCUCGCACGAUAUGGCGCACAUUCACCGUUGAGCAGAGCGCUGCUAUCAAGGCCGCCAUCAAGACGCACCUUGGUCCAGAUUACACCGUCACUCACCUCGGCCACGCCGCCAUGGUCCUUGCCCUCCUCCGUGCCCGGCCUCUCCCCGCCGACGUCUCGGAUACCGUCGCUCUCGCCUCGCCGCUGCCCGUGAACGGCAGACGUUACCUUCGCGGCGACGCGGCACAGCGCUAUGGCUCGUGCCAGGCCGGCGCCUCAGUUGAGUUCGCACCGUUGCGCGAGUGGGCCGUAGAUGAGAGCAAUGCCGACGCCGUGCGGACUACGCUGGGGGCGCUGGCAACGCACGUCAAGGACGGCUAUGAGUAUUGGCUACGGAAUGAGUUUCAGCUCGCCAUCGACCAGGCCAAGGGCAAUUUUCUCGCAAGUGUGCUCGGGUCGUGCGUCUUUGCUAGCGACGGCAUCGUGGACAAGUACAUCCCUAGAGAGGUAUUCGGCGCGGGCGAAGAGAAGCUCCUCGCUGUGGAAAGCUGCUUGUUUCACCUGGAUACUUAUCUCUCCGACGUGCUCGUCAGGAUGGACAGCUGGAAGGGCGCCACGGGGCUGUCCAUCUGCUUCAAUGACGGCCGCUUGAACGCGACGCUUGCAGAUCAAUUUCUUGGCUACAUUGCGGAGUUCAUGUUGAAGUUCGCGGAGCAGUGA